UUGGUGUGUUAAAAAGUAAUUUCUAAGAUGGUAAACGUAUACCACACUUCAAGUAAUCAUUUUGAGAUAAAAUCUUUUUGAUUAGGUACCCCUAUGUCGCAAGAAGGAAAUGAAGAUUUGUCUCAAAAAAUUCUGAACGAUUUGCAAGAAAGGGAGGUUUUGGUGCUCGAUGACCGGGAGGGUCUACACGGCAUUAUUUUGAAGCUGGAAAGUAAGAACGUGAUUAUCCACAGUUUGAUCGAAGAGAGCGUUCCCGUAUUGUCUGAUGAGGGAUACGAUGUUCUUUUACAGGGUAGCCCUGAGUUUUUGUACUUCAAGUCAUUAACCGACGGGCAGGAAGCGGAGAAGAAUAUUGGACUGAAUUACGCAAUGAAAAAUAAGUGGGUCAAGAUCCAAAACAAGUGCGUUUACAAGUUAGUGGAGAAUGUAAAAGACGAAAUGAAGGAAAUUUUAAAAUUGGUGGAGGAUACAGCAAACGAAAUUGCGUCAGAUGUGCGGCCCGCCAAAGAAUCUGAGGAUGGACAUGUUGGCCAGCCUGCUGAGAUGGGAACACCGCUCUCCUCAAAAACAGGCAGAAAACUAACGGAAAACGAGAUUGAUAUGUUGAAAAAGAGGAAGUUAAUUGUGAUGAAAAAAAUCAAAAAGUACUCAGUGUGCAAGGGACCCUUGUACAGCACGUGUAUACAUGACUAUGCAACGGAACUUACGGCUGAUAUGCUUUUAAACGAUAAAUACAAGGGGCUCGAGUUCAAGGAAUAUAAUUUCAAUACCAAAAUACGUUGUGAGUCAGGUAAUUUGCAUCCACUGAUGAAGGUAAAAGCAGAGGUUAAAAAGAUAUUUUUGGAGCUUGGUUUUUCGGAAAUGCCGACAUCGCGUUAUGUAGAAUCGUCUUUCUGGAACUUUGACGCGCUAUUCCAACCGCAGAACCACCCAGCCAGAGAUAUGCAUGACACCUUCUUUCUGGCAAAUCCGGAGAAAACAAGGUUGACACCGACAAGCUAUAGUAGACGAGUAAAGGAUGUCCAUGAGGAAUCGUAUAGAUGUAAAUGGAGUCUUGAAGAGAGUCUCAAAAACGUGCUGAGGACACAUACAACCGGAUGCUCCGCCCGUGUGCUCUAUGAAAUCGGUCAGAACAAGGAAAAUUUGCAUCCUAUAAAGUUGUUUUCUAUUGAUAGAGUUUUUAGGAAUGAAAGUGUAGACUCCACUCAUCUUGCCGAGUUCCAUCAGAUCGAGGGUCUGAUGUUAGGUAAAAAUCUAAGCAUAGGUCAUCUCAUGGGUACUCUUCAAGCUUUUUAUGAGAAACUAAAUUUAAAAAAUAUAAAGUUCAAGCCAGCGUUCAAUCCGUAUACGGAACCGAGUAUGGAAAUAUUUGCCUUCCACGAACAAAUGAAUAAAUGGAUUGAAAUAGGAAACAGCGGUAUGUUCAGACCUGAAGUUUUAGAACCAAUGGGCAUAAAGGAUGAUUGGCGAGUUAUUGGGUGGGGGCUGAGUCUUGAGAGGCCGGCCAUGAUAAAAUAUAGUUUGAGCAACAUAAGAGAUUUAUUAGGACCUAAAGUCGAUCUCGAGUUCAUAAAAGAUAGCUCGAUGUGCUAUUUUUGA